CAAAACCGUGUUUUUCAAUUUGCACAUGGAAUGGAAGAUAACAUUCAUUUACUCGGUUACAUUACAUUACAACAGGUUUAGUUUGUUAGCUAGCUUGUACAGGUCAGCACCAACCGACUUUUUAAAACCAUAAUAUUUCUCUUUUAUUUCCUUCCUAUUUUAACCCUCACUUUUUUAUAAUCUUCUUCUUCAAUCCAUUUUUCAUUCAAUCUCUUCUCUCUCUCUUUGUCUCUCCACCAAACCAAACCAAACCCUCUUUUUCCUCUUUCCCUUCUAAUUAUCGCCGUUAACAACCGUCGAUCGUCACGUACCGUCGUCAUUCAUUUCAUCAUCACCACCAUCACCAUCAUCCGCCAAGGCACACCUGCCCGUUCAAUAUGGAGUGGGUCGUCGGCGGCAAGUUUAAGAUUGGUCGCAAAAUCGGAAGCGGUUCAUUCGGUGAAAUUUAUAUCGCGUCAGAUAUGGAUACUUCUGAGAUCGUAGCCGUCAAAAUGGAGAAGAAGAAAACAAGACAUCCACAACUAUUGUAUGAGGCUAAAUUAUACAGUAUUCUUCAAGGAGAAAGUGGUGUUCCGAGUAUGAAAUGGUGUGGUACUGAUGGAGACCAUAAUGUUCUGGUUAUUGAUCUUUUGGGACGUAGUCUGGAGGACCUUUUUGUCUUCUGCGGGAGCAAGUUUUCUUUAAAAACAGUUUUGAUGUUGGCCGAUCAGAUGCUUUCGAGAAUAGAAUAUAUGCAUUCCAAGGGAUUUUUGCAUAGAGACAUAAAACCAGAUAACUUUCUAAUGGGUAUUAGGAGAAAAUCAAGUCAGGUUUAUAUAAUUGAUUUUGGACUAGGAAAAAGAUAUAGGGAUCCCAAAACAAACAAGCAUAUUCCUUACAGAGAGAAUAAAAAUUUAACCGGGACUGCACGAUAUGCAAGUUGCAAUACUCACUUAGGAAUUGAGCAAAGUCGUCGUGAUGAUUUGGAGUCUAUUGGCUAUGUUCUUAUGUACUUCUUAAGAGGAAGCCUUCCUUGGCAGGGUCUGAAAGCUGUCACCAAAGAGGAAAAAUAUGACAAGAUUCGUGAGAAGAAGUUAUCAACUUCGAUUGAGAAACUUUGCGAGUCAUAUCCCGUGGAGUUCACGUCUUACUUUAAUUAUUGUCGCUCUUUGACAUUUGAUCAAGAUCCAGAUUAUGGGUUCUUAAAGCGUCUGUUUCGUGAUUUGUUCACUCGUGAAGGAUAUGAGCAUGACAAUUUAUUCGACUGGACCAUCCUAAAACAGCAACAGACAAAGAGACAAAUGCAAUCACCGCCUUCAAAUGCUGUGCCUAGUGCUGUGCCUAGCAGUCUACAACCAAUGAUUGUGGAAAAGCAUACAGGAAUCAAUAAUUCACCUCAAAUUACUGUAACAAAAUUGGUAACCAAUCUUGAUCGUCUAAACGUGCGUGGGCAGCCUAAGCCAUCUAAUGUUAAGAAUCUAAAUGCCAAGAAUCAUACCGGAAAACAUAAUGUGAACAAUGGUCCAUCCACUUCAUCUGCUUUGCCCAAAUCGACUACAGAAAAUGUUUCCAAGCCUGAAAGGCCCACAGGAACCUCAAACCUAGGUCGUGUAUUUGGGAAUAACUCCCAUGUUUCAAGCAGCUGGAUUCCUUCAUUACGGCGAAUUUCUUCAGCCAAAUAGUUGAUAGUAUUUCGGAGGAGUCACUUAAAGCUUCUCUUUAUUUUCACUGUUGCAUAUGUCAUACCACUCACUUCACCAGAGGAACCGUACGACAACUAAGAUUCCUUGCAUGAUUAACUACAUGGCACCUUCCUAUCAAAUGUAAUGGCUUGUCCCACUUUAAGAGUCGGAGAGAGGGAAACUUCAAAGGUUUUAACAAUUUUGAAGAACAAGGUAUGCUAAUGGACAUCCAUAUGAGGUUCAGGGUCAUCGGUUAUAGUAGACCUAUAAAUUGUGAUUAGUCAAACGUGCAUGAAUGAUAUGAGGGGAAGCCACAAAUUAUUUGUAGUCAUUAUUUAAGUGUCUUGAUUUUCUUUCAAGCAUUUUAAUACACAUAUUCGGUUGUCUAUCUCGUGUACAGUUAGGUUUGUAAGCAUUCAGUCUGAUUGUAACUGUAACCCAACAACUAAAUUAUUCACAAAUCAAUCCAAUUCAUAGUUUAUUGAAA